CUGCCAUCGAAACAUUUUUAGUGAUGAAGAAAAAUUUAAUUUUCAAAUUCUCAUAAUUCCUUAUUUGUGUAAAUAUACGGUGUCUUUGUUCAAAAGCUGUGUUCGUGUUAUACACAUCACAACAGUUGCCAUUGCCCUGUUUGUCAUGAGAGGGAAACUCUUGUCAAAUUCGAAUUAUUUCAGGAAAUGCACGGUUUGAUUUUCCUCAAAUCUUGGUUUACCUUCCUUCAAUGGCAGUUUUAAAGUUGAAUAAGCUCAGAUGUUUUAAAUGUCUUCAAAAGCUUUCCUUUCAUCACCAUAUUCAUGUUUAUGCAAACACUGUUUCUUACACUGCACAAAAACCAGAGAACUGCAAUCUCUAUACUCUAAAGCAUAAGUUCUGUAAUGUGAACUUUUUUCCUUUAUUAGAGGCUUGUAAGGAUAUCGAAACUCUCAGGCAAGUCCAUGCCCAGAUUUUUGCAACAGGUUUUAAUCAAAACCUUCUUCUGGGAACUAAUCUAGUAGACAUGUAUAGUAAGUAUGCAAGCAUGGAGGAUGCACGUCAAGUGUUCGAUAAAAUGUGUGAACGAGAUUCAUUUUUAUGGAAUGUGAUGAUCAGAGGGUAUGCUAUGAAUGGACUAUGUGAAAUGGGACUUAGACUGUACUGCCAAAUGCAGGAGACAGCUAUAGAGCUUAACAGUAGAACAUACACGUUUGCGCUCAAGGCAUGUGCUGGCUUAUUGGCUCUGGAAAAGGGUAAGGUUAUCCAUAAUCGUGUAGUUAAAAUUGGAUUCGAAAUGGAUGUUUUUGUAGGAAAUUCUCUUGUGGAUAUGUAUGCAAAAUGUGGAUGUUUAGAGAUGGCACGCCAAGUGUUUGAUAGAAUGAUUGAGAGAGACGUUGUUUCAUGGAAUUCUAUGAUUGUUGGUUAUGCGCAGAAUGGAUGUGCUGAUGAGGCAUUGGGAAUGAUUAAUCGGCUGCAGUUUCACUGUGUAAAGCCUGAUUCAAUCACUUUGAUGGGUGCACUGCAGGCGUGCGCACUGCUGGGGGAUGAGAGACAAGGUAUGAUUAUGCAUACUCAUGUAAUUCAGAGAGGAUUUGAGUUUUAUAUUUCAGUGAGGAAUUCCCUUAUAGAUAUGUAUGCUAAGUGUGGGUAUUUAGCAGUAGCGCGGCAUCUGUUUGAUAAAAUGGGAAACAAAGAUGUGGUCUCUUGGAAUGCAAUGAUUGCUGGGUAUGCACAGAAUGGGUGCGCUAGUGAAGCCCUAUUGCUUUUUCACCAAUUGCAGCUUGCAGGCAUCACUUCCAGCUGUUCUACCAUGGUGAGUGUUCUUCAAGCGUGUGCCCAUUCGGCAGCUCUGCAGCAGGGUAAGUGGGUACAUGGUUAUGCAAUGAGAAGAGGAUUUACUGAAGUUGUUAUUGUGACCGCUAUUAUUGACAUGUAUGCUAAGAGUGGAAGCAUAGCAAGUGCUCGGAAAGUGUUUGACAAAAUGCGUGAAAGAAAUGUGGUUUCGUGGAAUGCGAUGAUUGCUGGAUAUGGAAUGCAUGGAUAUGGGAAGGAUGCUAUUGCCCUCUUUUGCACUAUGCAAGAAACAAGUGUUGAACCAAAUGACGUCACCUUCCUUUGUGUUUUGUCUGCUUGCAGUCAUGCAGGUAUGGUUGAUGAAGGCAGGCAAUACUUUGAUCAUAUGAUUCAAGAUAAUUGUUUCACUCCUCGGAUGGAGCACUAUGUGUGUAUGGUUGACCUUCUUGGCCGUGCUGGCCACCUAGAAGAAGCGCACGAACUUAUUGUAAAAAUUCCAUUUGAAGCUGAUGCUCGUGUCUGGGGAGCUUUGCUUUCUGCAUGCAGACUUCACUCCAAUAUUAGUAUUGGACAACUUGUGGCAGAAAAACUUUUGAGUUUAAAGCCCGAGGAUUCUGGGUACUAUGUAUUGCUCUCAAAUAUCUAUGCUACAGCUUGUAUGUGGGAUGAUGCAGAAAAGGUGAGAACAUUAAUGAGAGAGAGGGGCAUACGAAAAGCACCAGGGUGGAGUUUGAUUGAGGUAAACAACAGGGUUCAUGCAUUCCUUGUUGGAGAUAGAUCACAUCCGCAAUCGGAGGAAAUUUAUGCAACAUUGGAAGCCUUGACUCUGCAGAUAAAGGAGGCAGGGUAUGUACCUAAGACAAACUUUGUGUUGUAUAAUGUGGAGGAGGACUUAAAGGAACACAUGCUACUUUGCCAUAGUGAGAAGCUCGCUAUUGUGUUUGGGCUUAUCAACACACCACCUGGGACCACUAUUCGGAUCACAAAAAACCUCCGUGUGUGCGGGGAUUGCCAUGAUGCAUCUAAAUUUAUUUCUAAGAUUGUAAGCCGUGAAAUUGUUGUGAGAGAUGCAAAUCGUUUCCAUCACUUCAAGAAUGGAUUAUGUUCUUGUGGCGAUUACUGGUGAUUUAUUUAAAAUCAGCAAAGAAGUAAACUUUUAUAGCUAAAAUUUUAUGGUGAAAGUUUGGUUCGGUGUAAGGUCUAUCUCUGCAUGGAGCUAUCCACUGCUCAUUGGCUAACGAAGUCAAAGAAGGGACGCUGCAGGAAAAGGUUUGAGCGAGCAAGUUGAAAGGAUCACUGUUGGAAAGGUGGUGCUUGGUGGCAGUUGUAUGGCCAAUGAAAGAAUAAACAGUGAUAAUUCAAGAGUUAGAAAAUGUGUGUUUAUUCUGGUCGAAAUAGUAUACCAGCGGAGCAGGCAAAUGUGUUAAGAACAUGUAUGCUCCACUAAUUAAUCCACUCUGAGCCACUGUUUGGUAGGAACAAGACUAUACAAGAAGAAACAAAGGAGAUCAUAUCAGAUUAUCAGCUGGAUGACCUUAUGGAUUCUUUGAGUGGAGCCAAAUACUUCAUGAAGAUUGACCUAAAGAGUAGGUAUCAGUAGAUCCAUAUCUGAGGAGAUGAAUAUAAGUUAGGUUUAAAUAGUAAAGAAGGCUUGUACGAGUGCGAACAGAUUGAGGGAUUGGUAAAAGUUGCAGAAGAGAUGGAAGCCAAAGGAAUUGCAGUACGGUAGUUAAAGACAGGUCAUGUUCUAUAAGAAACUUCAUUCUGCUUGUCCAAUGCAUAUCUCAUUGCCAUAACAUUGUAAUGAGUUGGACAGGUAUCAGAUAUUGGCUGUAAAUGCAUAUCAAGAGGUAAAAGUUGCUAGCAAGCGGCAGGUCUCAAGCUAGCCUUGAUCGCUGUAAAGCUCUAUUAGAGGUGAUUCAGUGCGUCUGAAAAGUUUGAAGACAUGCCGAGCAGAAUGCAAGUGCCUAAUGUAUCUAUCCUAGUGAUUACGGAUACUAAAACAAUGCUCACUAUGAUCAAAAGGACAUUUGAAUGAUGAUGCUAUCUGAUGAUGAUCACUCAAUGCCUAUGAUCUGUGAUUUCGUCUUUUAAUACAACACCUUCCCAUUCAAAUGGGAAUAUAUAAAUAGCAAGGUUACCAGGAGACGGGGGUACUUGGAGACUGGUACCGGUACUGGUACGACUAAUUUUCAAAAAUAGGAGACGGUGGUACUUGGAGAUGCCAAUUUUUUUAAUAAAUAAUAUUUAAUAAUUUCCAAAACAUAUCAUGACAGAGAACUUUGAAAACAAGAACAGUGGUAAAGUUUAACAUUAACUUUAAAAUUUAACAAAAAUUGAAAUUAAAAUUGCUUA